CUCUGCUGUCACUUUCGUUAUCGGCUGGUGCCUCGCGGAAGGAGACGCUCUGUCUUGGUGACGGUCAGACUCACUGAAGACCACCAUGGACAGCCGCGGGGCGCAGAAGAUCAGCACUGGGACAACCAUCAUGGCAGUGGAAUUUGAUGGAGGCGUCGUGGUGGGUUCUGACUCACGAGUCUCUGCCGGGCAGUCUGUCGUGAACAAGGUCUUCAACAAACUAGCCCCCCUGCAUGACCGGAUUUACUGCGCACUCUCUGGCUCAGCAGCGGAUGCCCAGGCAGUUGCUGAUAUGGUGAAUUAUCAACUGGAACUCCACAGCUUAAACAUGGAGGGUCCCCCGCGGGUCCUGGCAGCAGCCACCUUGGUGCAAAACGUCAGCUACAAGUACAAGGAGGAGCUAUCAGCUCACCUCAUGGUGGCAGGAUGGGACUCCAAGAAAGGCGGGCAGGUGUAUGGGACAUUGGGAGGGAUGAUUACCCGGCAGCCUUUUGCUAUUGGAGGAUCUGGGAGCACCUAUAUUUAUGGCUACGUCGACUCUGCCUUCAAACAGGGAAUGGACCAGAAGGAAUGCUGCCAGUUCACCAAAAACGCUCUUGCCCUGGCCAUGUCACGGGACGGUUCCAGUGGAGGUGUCAUCUACCUAGUCACCAUCACAAAAGAUGGCAUCAAGGAGGACGUCGUCCUGGGCGACAACAUCCCCAAAUUUUAUGAUGAAUGAAUUUUUGUUCUUUUUUUUUUUAACUCAAUAAAUGUUGCUCUUGUAGAA